UUUACGUCAACGUCAGGAUGAGCGUGAAGCAGUACAUCCAUCCGAGGAACAAGUACAAACGAUCGUCGGACUACAAGCGGCUCGCGGUCAUGUAUCCGGAGUUCCGCGAAAUCGCGGUUAUGGACUUCGCGGGAAAGGUUAGGAUCGACUUCCGAGACCGGAGGAGUCUGCACGUGCUGACGGAGACGCUUCUGAAGCACGAUUUCGAUCUGCACGUGAGCAUCCCGGCGGACAAGCUGAACCCGGCGAUUCCGCUGCGCCUGAAUUACAUUCUGUGGAUGGAGGAUCUGAUGACCCACUCCAAGUUGGAGAUGGAGAGAGUCACGGGCAUCGACGUCGGGACAGGAGCAAUUUGUAUUUACGCUCUGUUGCUGGCGAAAAUCUACAAGUGUCGCGUGAUCGGCACGGAAGUGGACAAGGAGAGCGUGGAGCACGCCCGGGAGUGCGCAAGGAGAAACAAAUUGCAGGAUUUAAUUGAAAUAAUUACAGUGAACUCCGAUAGGAUCUUGAAGGACGCGCUGCGGGACGACGGAGUCUACGAUUUCUCGAUGUGCAACCCGCCGUUUUUCGCCAGUGAGAGCGAUGGCCUCGAGGAAGUCGCGAAGGUCCUGCCGCCGAGGAACGCGCCCACUGGAAAUGACGGCGAGCUGAUGACCGCGGGUGGUGAAGUGGGCUUCGUGACGAGGAUGAUCGAGGAGAGUGUCGAGGUGGGGGAACGAGUGAAGAUCUACAGCACGAUGAUCGGCAGGAAAGCCGACCUGGUCGCCUUGAGACGAUUGCUGAGAGCGAAAGAUAUAAAGAACAUGACGUGGACGGAGUUCUGCCAGGGUUACACAACACGAUGGGGCUUGGCCUGGAGCUUCCUGCCGCAGAGCGUUGUGAAUCUAACUACAGCGCCUGUCAUCAGAAAACGCGGCAAGUCGAUAGUGCGAUCGUUAAAGAAUUAUAAAACCUCGAUAGCGUUUCCCGCGGAGGAUAAGUUUUCCUGCAUCGACGAUGUGGUCAGCUUUUUGAGGACGACGGCGAAAGAGUUGAACAUCAAGAUGCAAGACGUACCCAUUCCUGAGGAUCACUUCGACAGCUGGGCGUGCCAAGUGACGGCUGGAGAAAGAUCGUGGGAGCAUACGCGCAGGAAGCGGCGUUUGGCGCAACGAAUUGGCGCGUUGAAGAGAGCGAGGGGCGAGGACGGCGAGUGUACCGCGGCGAAUACGUGCGCCGGGGAAACUUCGAUUGAAGCCGGAAACGACGCGAAAGCUGCGCGCGAGGCAAACUCCGAUGGAGAAUCGCCUGACAAAAAUGGUCCCUCGCUCGUUUGUAAGCUCUGGGUAGAGGCCGAAGGUCCCGAUUCUGAGGAUGUGAUUGCGCGACCUGACGAGACCUUCAGGAUAUGGAUGGUGUUCGAGAACGGGCACGGCGGUUUGGACGCGUUACACUCGCUACGGCAGUACCUGAUAAACAGACUGGGAGUGAGGGAGAGGAUUCGAGAUGAUCCGUCGAAGACGUUUAAGAGAAAGAGAAAGAAGAGGUUGAAGAAGAACGCCGAGACGGAAGAGUCGCUUCGGUCGCGGUCGGGCAGCGGAAAGGAUUUGGCGAGCGACGAACAGGAAACGCGGGAAAUUCCGGAGGUUCUUAAUUAGAUGAUUAGCCGUGUUAUACAUAUAAAACAAUUUUAUUCCAUGCAACAUGUCAAAGAAAAGUCUGCAACAGGAAAGUAUAUGUAAACCAGAUUUAUGUAACGUCUUCUUUUUAUUUCAUGAUAUAUGUAAAGUUUUCGCGCAACUUUUUUUUUAAUUGUUUAAUAGACCCCCCCUCCCCUAUAUAAUUAUUACUAUUCUCUCUUUAUAGUACAAUUUGACUAAGUGCAAUGCGGUAAUUUUUGUCAUUAUGAUUAUUAUUGCGAUGCGAAAGUAUGCAUCCGUCGAGAGAGACAGCGGUGGAGAUCGACGAUCGAUCGACUGACUAUGACUGAUUAAUUGAUCGUUCUUUCACUGUCACGCGCAAGAAGAGUUGCUGGCGCGUCUCUUCAGGCCCGCGAAAUCUCGCGUAAAAUCUACGAGGGCUGCAACGGAAAAAAAAAAAAAAUAUAUAUAUAUAUAUAUAAUCGGUACUAUUUUCUUCAAUAAAUCAAAAUCGCGAAAACCCCGCGACACUCGGCUACUUAAAUCAGGACUAUCGACUAUGUCGCGGCACAUAUUGCUCUUCGGUCGAAGAGACCGCGGCGAGAGACUUCUGGACCUGGCCGCGGACGGAUCCGUGCGGAGCCGGCGAAACGAACUAAUAAGUAAUAUUAACAGCGCAGGGUAACAAUCGCUUUCCUUUACGGUCCUAAGACUAUAAUCGCGAAACUCGAAAUCGGCUACGACUCGAUUAAUUAACAAAUUGGCCAUUAACGUCCAAAAUUACAUCGAAUAAGAACGCCAUUCGCUACAUCACACUCUCAUCAACCAUCACUCUCAAUGCGAUGAAUUUAAAGAUGCGUAGUAUAUCUUUACACAUUGAACAG